UGGAAGUAAUUGGAUGCACUGAGUGAUAAAAUCACCGUUCGCUUUCACUUGAUGCGCAAGACACACUGUCGAGGCCCAGUUUUUCAUUGCGCCCUAAACCAUAGCCUAAGCUGCAGUUUCUGUGGAAGACGAGAUAUCUUGCACAGCGAACCAAAUGUGGCUUACGUUAAAACUCCCAAAAAAAAAAGCAACUUAUUACCGCUACAAAAACGUCUAUGGAAGUACGUUAUCUAACGCAUAGCGCACUAAGAGAGGGUUUAUCGAAGGUUCUCUUUACCAACACGCGGAUGCUGUUUUAGAAGAGCCAAUGGGCGACUCACGGAACACGAUAAGGACAGUGCCGCUAUAUCCGACGGAUGUUUGAGUCAUCCUGUCGCGCCUUUCGUGUUGCCAGGCGUACUCUUUUGUCGCCAGAGAGUUUUCAUGCACGCUGGUCUAGGGGUAAAGAAACUCGGCCUGACAUAGCUUGUACUUCAAUCAUGGCAAAGUUGGAAAAUUGUCAGAAGUGCGGCAAGGAUUCCCUCGACGUCUGGAUGGCCAACCAGUGCCUGCAUAUGAUUUGUAACAAAUGUCUAAUGCAAGAGUCCAGCAUCGACGACUGCAAUCACUGCAACGCUGCUACCCAGAAGUUCUGGUGCCCCGGCAGGAAGUACGGCUGCAAAUUCCAGAAAACCAUCUGUGAGACAAAACAGCAUGUCAAGACGUGUGGGUUUGUCCCGGUCUCCUGCCCUAACGAAUGCGACCAAGCCCCGUCCAAGAAGUCCCUCGCGGAUCACGUGAGUUUCGAAUGCCGACUUCGUAUUACCGAGUGCCAGUUCUGCGGCCAGGGAUGCUACGCCCUCAAGCUUUCCGCCCACCUUGCAGUUUGCGAAGAGGUCCUAGUGUCCUGCAACUACUGCCACGAGGAUAAUAUCCGACGAGGAUUGAUGCCCGUUCACGCCAGAGACUGCAGCAAGACGCCCAAGCCGUGUCCCAUGAAAAAGCAUGGCUGCAGUUUUGAAGCCGCCGAGGCGAAGAUAAAGGAACACUUGAACUUCAGAAACCACGUCUCGUGUUUUGAUGACAUACACGAGAGGAUUCAAGAACUUGAACUGAUGACCACUAUUGAACGCAGCAACCAGAGAGUCCAAGGAACAAAGCUUGAAACAAAGCAGCCCGCAAUGAUUGGAGGAGUCAGCCUGUUCGACAACGAACUGCUAUGGCUGGUGAAAUUGCACGAUGCAGUUCAUCCUGGCGACCUCAGCACCAUUUUCAGACACCGGGAGACCAGUCGGAUCUUUUUUCUCGAGAUCAACUGCGCCGGCCCUGUAAUGGAGGAGUUAUGGCAUGGAAACGACGAGCUUAUGUACAGCCUGUACAUGACUCACCUGGAGCCAGGAGAGCGCAAGAAGGACUUCAACUUCUCCAUCCAAGCUGAAGACGUCCCCGCCGGUGGCAAGCUCCUGGGAGAGGCCCGCCACCGCGGCUUGCUGCCUUCGACGGAAAAAAUCUUUGUGCUCAAAUUCAAGCGCGCUUUAAGUUUUGGCAGUGCAAACGUGGUUCUCGUCAAGCUCACCUCUGACUAAACCACAAAGGAAGCGUUGACUCACACUAGACGAGCGUAUACUAAUUCAAAGCCAAUAUUUUUCAGCAUUUUUUUAAACAUAUUCACCUUGCCUUGUUUGUAGCUUCCUUACUGUGCAAGCAGUUCACCGCAAACAUUAAUUAAUGUUAACGUUCUUUAUAAGGUAGUGUAAAUUGAGGGAGCAUGAUUGGUUAUUUUAAUUUUAUUAUCCAUUAUUUUUAUUUCGCGUUUUCUUUGAAAUAUCUUAAUUGUCAUGGCGAGAUGUUGAGAAUAUUAACACUAACUACAAAUCCUGGUUUGGUAUCAUCACAGUAUGCUUUGCCAUUGUUACUUGAUGAACUGGAAGUAAAUACCCUGAAUCUCUUUAGGAAAUCAAAUCAAAUAUUAGCACUGUAUUAAAUAAAAUCUACAAUUUCACGUCUUCCCUACGUGUGCAGUUUCGUGUAUGAAUUUUAAAUUGUUUUUUCGCGCAGGAAGUGUCUAUCAGUGAAAUUUUGUCAGUAGUUGUGCUCGUGUUUCUGCUUUAAUUUCUGGAAGUAUCUAUUAGCGCAAUACUAUGAGCAGCUGUGCUCGAGUUUGUGUUUUUAUCUUAGUCUUUUUCUUUCUACAAUGUUGCUUUUCGCCUACGUGUGUCAAGACAGCACCUUAUUAAGCUGCAAAUGCAGCUUUUUGUUUUUGUUUCCUCCUUUUUGUACGCGCCCGAAAAUUGAAAUAAAAGCAUUGCAAUUUACAAA